AUGGUGCGCCAGGAACGGUCGUCGCGCGCGGUCAGGCUGGCUGGACGGGUCCCAGACGCACAGCUCACAGCGCUGGGUCACGUGACGCGGUCACGUGGCGCGCAGUCGGGUGGUAACGUCGACCCGGAGAGCCAAGUGGAGGGGAAGAAGGAGGUGGAAGCCGAUGACGUGAUGAGGAGCGGCCCCCGACCCAUUGUGCCAUAUAGCUCCAUGUUCUGCUUAAGCCCCACCAACCUGCUGCGGUGCCUCUGCCACUACAUAGUGACCAUGCGCUACUUCGAGAUGGUCAUCCUCGUGGUCAUUGCCCUGAGUAGCAUUGCUCUGGCUGCAGAGGACCCUGUGCGGACAGACUCUCCCAGGAACAAUGCUCUGAAGUACAUGGACUACAUCUUCACAGGUGUCUUCACCUUUGAGAUGGUGAUAAAGAUGAUUGACUUGGGACUGCUCCUUCACCCUGGAGCCUACUUCCGGGACCUGUGGAACAUUCUGGACUUCAUUGUGGUCAGUGGGGCCCUGGUGGUGUUUGCCUUCUCAGGAUCCAAAGGGAAAGACAUCAACACCAUCAAGUCCCUAAGAGUUCUGCGCGUCUUACGGCCCCUCAAGACCAUCAAACGGCUCCCUAAGCUCAAGCUUAGAAAAGCAAGCCAUGGAGCAUUAAGGAAUGUAGGAGCAGGGAAAAGUUUACUUAGAACACGUGAGCCCCUUGGCGCCGCGGGCUGUAGAGGACGCACGGUACCUCUGCAUGGCCGGCGACUGCUCCUGGGCGUUGUGGCUGUGAUAGAACGCACAGCUCCUCAGCGCCGCCCUUUGCGAGGGGACCAGGCCCGGCGACCACCUUAG